AUGGCCACGGACGAAGCCUCGAGCAGCAGGGGCGGCGUACUUCAGCUGUCUGUUUCGCCAGAUGUAGCUAACAGCAGGCCGUUCCUCUAUCCGCCAACACCACAGUCAAUCCAGACGCUGCUCGACAGCAACUCGGGCGACUCUGACCGACCAAAGACGAUCCUGCGGCAUGCGCUCUCGUUCGCCGUGUCCCACGCCGACGUCGAGCUCACGACAUGGCUCACGAGCGUCCAGGGUGAUAUGGCCACCCUGCUGGACGAGGCCGCCGGAGAACUCGAGGACGAUGACGGCUGGGGAGUCGUCGGUAUGGCGAUCCAGUCCUCGUGCGGACAAGCAGAGCGCGAGGAGGUCGUCCGCCUCGUUGUUGGGCGUUGGGGCGUCGAAGCCGGGCCACGGAACGGGCGAGACCGCGCAGGCUGGACACCACUGCAUCUCGCUGCCAUCGUAUCGAGCCCGCAGAUCGUCUCCGUGCUGCUGAACCGAGGGGCGUCGGCGUCGGCACUCACUGCGCAAGGGCUCAGCCCGUACGACCUCAUCACGGGGAUGGAGGGCCGCGAAGCGCUCCCGAUCCUGUUAGACCCAUUAGCCGACCAGCCGAUAGCGGAGGACACACACAUUGCCCCUCACCGGCGGGAGCUCCUGAAGCGGCGGCGGAUCCGGCAAGCGACGGAAGCAGCGCGGGCAGCGAAGCGCGGCGAGCUGAAGCGUAUCGCGCUCGAACGCGAGCGCUGGGUCCGCGAGCGCGCGAAGCAUAUCGGGGUCGAGAGCAGCGUACUGUUCAACCCCGAGUCGCACGAGGGAGAGGAAGAGGAAGAGAGCGAUACGGACGAGGACGAGGAUAUGAGCCCGGACCACCUCGUCUUCCACAUCAACCAGGUCCCGGCCCUCCUCGACGUGUUCGUCACGAGCUACCGACCGGUGUGCCAGCCCCUAGCACGAAGAGCACUCCCCGCCAAUGCACUCUACCUCUACGCACGCUUUGCGCACUACCAGUGCGACGAGACGUGGCUCGAGGAGCUGCUGGAGGGUGCCGUUGACGCCAUUGAGCAUGGUGUUUACGGCAACGGAGAGGACCUCGCGUUCCUUGCGUUCUGGGAGUACAACCUGACGCUGUUGCUGUACCUGCUCCGUGGGGACGAGUCGCUCGCCGGUGUCUGUGACGAGCUCAACUUCCUGACCAUGAUUGAGGAGCUCAUCAAUGCGAUUCACGUCUUCAUCAUCCGCAUAGCGGAGCGCAAGAUUGACGAGAUCAUGGACGCCGCGAUGCUCGACUUUGAGGCGCUCGAGGACUUUGACGAUGUUCGGUUUGCGGACGAGUGGAACCUGUUCCGGUCGUUUGGCGCCAAGAAGAAGCGCGACUCGCAAUUAGCGCAGGCCAUCUUCUCUCUGCCGAAUACGCCCGAGCGGCCAGACCGGAGUAAGCGCGACAGCGCCAAGCUCCACCGCCGUGUCAACUCGAUCCAGGACCUGCGCUUACAGGCAUCCGCUGCCACCGCCGAGGCCAAGGAGGCCAUUGCGAACGGCAUGUCUAAGGCGCAGGCCGUGUUCGGGGACAAGGCGUCGCCGCGCAAGGUGACGGACAUCCUGACGUCGGUGCUCCUGAUCCUGCAGCUGUACGAAGUGAAUCCGGCGUUCAUCGUGCAGGUGUUUAGCCAGACGUUUUUCUGGAUUUCGAGCGAGCUCUUCAACCGCAUCAUCACGCGCAAGAAGUACCUGUGCCGAACCAAGGCGGUGCAGAUCCGGAUGAACAUCACGGCGCUCGAGGACUGGACGCGCUCGAACGGCCUUCCGCCCAACAUUGCCAGCAAGCACCUCGAGCCUGUCAUGCAGCUCCUGACGUGGCUGCAGUGCUCGUCGCAGAUCACCGAGUUCGACACGCUGAUCGGCACGGUGCAGACGCUGCGUGCCCUGAAUCCCCUCCAGAUGCGCCGCGCCGUGCAAAACUACCGCUUCGAGGUGAACGAGAGCCACAUGGCUGACGACUGCGUCCAGUACCUCGCCCAGUUACAGCGCGACUGGGACCGGCGGCGAGUGCAGACGGCCUCGGCGGCGCACUCCGUCACGGCAGAGAACAGUAUGCCCAUCGAGGCGCUGUUCGACGGCACACCUAUUGGAGAGUGGACACCGCAAACGGCGCCAGAGAGCCCGGGCGAGCUCCUUGACUCGCGUUUCAUGCUUCCUUUCCUGAUCCCACGGAAUGAGUAUCUCCUCGCUGCUCCGCCGCCGGAUACGGCGUACCGCAAUCUGCUUCUUGAGCGGACACUUCGCGAUGGCUCGAUUCCCAGCCGACCACUCAGCAGUGCGAGCUUUUCGUCCUCUGCCCCAUUGGGCUGGGUAAGAGCCCCGGCGCGCGUGCGCGACAUGCCGCCAGACUUCUUCUCGUGGCUGAAGACUCGCCAAUCUGAGGCUCAGGGACGGUUAGGCUACCAGCGCCCUCGUCUCGACAGCCGGCUGCGCGAGGAGCCAGGCAAGGUCGACUUGGCAGAGGACGACGAGGUGGAGGAGUUACUCGGCGAUCUCGAACCCGUUAGCGAGGACCGGGAAAUGACCCCGACACGGCUGGGCGAGGCUCCGCCAGUACCCUCCAAGGACAGGAGUUUCCCGCAACUCUUUGCGCCGCCACCGCUCAACGGUUCCGGAACACCGGGCACGCCGAGCAAGUCGCCCUUCGCAUCCCCGACGCUAGGCAGCCGUGCGUCGUUCGGCUCCCUUUCCUCGCCCACCCGCGACCGCGACAGGCACGCGCGCCAAGCCUCGACCGAGCUCGCAUACCGCCCCUCUCCGCCUCGCGACGUGCUCGCCGAGAACAUUGAGCUGAUCACGCGCGCGAACGACAUCAUGAAGUCGGGCAAUGGGGGCCACUACGAGCUCGGCCGUGUACAGAGGCAGCGACAGGCGUCCGUGUCCUCCGUCAACUCGGUCGCGAGUGCCGGCAGCCAGAAGUCGGGCAAGAAGAAGUGGUGGCAGAUCCGCAAGUCGUCGGGAUCCGUGGAUAGCGACGGCCGACGGACGCGGGAGGGCACCGCCGAGACGAUUCGGCCGUCACCGAGGACAAGUCCUGUCAAGCAGCCGACGGCGCCUGCGGCGUAG